AAGAAAAUAGAGAAGAUAACAGUUGUUUUCUUUCCCCUAUCUCUCUAGCCAUGACCAUGAGCACCCUGACGGACCUCGCGCCAUUAUGGCGCACCCAAUGUCCUCUUGUCCCCCGCCCAACGCCCUCCUCCUCUGUCUUCCGCUCAUUUCCCCACGGACGCCCCAGCAUUCGCUGCUCGAUCGCCAAGGAGGAAUCUGCCGUUUCUUCUCCCUACUCAUCCGGGGCGCCAGGCGGACACUCCGACUCGGUGGACUGCGUGGUAGUCGGCGGCGGGAUCAGCGGCCUCUGCAUCGCUCAGGCCCUCGCCACCAAGCACUCGAGCGUUGCUCCCAACCUCAUCGUCACGGAGGCCAGAGACCGUGUUGGCGGCAACAUCAUCACCGUCCAGAGAGACGGUUAUCUCUGGGAAGAGGGCCCCAAUAGCUUCCAGCCCUCUGAUCCCAUGCUUACAAUGGUGGUGGAUAGUGGGUUGAAGGAUGACUUGGUUUUGGGUGAUCCAAAUGCGCCUCGCUUUGUGUUGUGGGAUGGGAAAUUAAAGCCAGUCCCCUCCAAGCCGACUGACCUCGCGUUCUUUGACUUGAUGAGCAUUGGUGGCAAGCUCAGGGCCGGCUUUGGUGCUCUUGGCAUUCGCCCUCCUCCUCCAGGGCAUGAGGAAUCAAUUGAGGAGUUCGUGCGUCGUAAUCUUGGUGAUGAGGUUUUUGAGCGCUUGAUAGAGCCCUUUUGUUCAGGUGUCUAUGCGGGUGAUCCUUCAAAACUAAGUAUGAAAGCAGCAUUUGGAAAGGUUUGGAAGCUAGAGCAGAAUGGUGGUAGUAUCAUUGGUGGCACUUUCAAAACAAUCCAGGAGAGAAAUAAAGUUCCCAAGCAACCUCGAGAUCCGCGUCUACCUAAGCCAAAGGGCCAAACGGUUGGAUCUUUAAGGAAGGGACUUGCUAUGUUGCCAGAUGCAAUAUCGACAAGGUUGGGUAAGAAAGUAAAAUUGUCUUGGAAGCUUUCAAGUAUCAGAAAAUUGGAUGAAGGAGGGUAUAGUUUGACGUAUGAAACACCACAAGGAUUGGUUUCUCUUCAGAGUAAAAGUGUUGUCAUGACUGUUCCUUCCUAUAUUGCGAGUAGUUUGUUGCGCCCUCUAUCUGCUGCUGCUGCAGAUGCACUUUCGAAAUUUUAUUACCCACCAGUUGCAGCCGUGUCCAUUUCAUAUCCAAAAGAAGCAAUUCGGACAGAAUGCCUGAUAAAUGGUGAAUUAAAGGGGUUUGGUCAAUUGCAUCCACGCAGCCAAGGGGUAGAAACUUUAGCCAAGUAUGCUUCAGAUCUCCUCUCACGAGCUGGCCUUACUAAUUGCAAAAUUGUUGAUAGCCCUCUAGAGACAAAUGUCAAACUUCGUGCCACUGAUGGUGAGCUACUUUCUAAUGCCACUCUUUAUCGACAGUUAGUUGGAAGUCUCAUCUAUCUUACUGUGACAGGACCGGAUCUUGACUAUGCAGUCCAUCUUGUUUGUCAAUUUAUGACAGCACCACACUCAGUUCAUUAUGCGGCUGUUCUUCGCAUCCUUCGCUAUGUGAAGGGCACCUUCAAAAAACAAUUUGUCGUUGCUCGCUCUAGCACUGAAGCUGAGUAUCGUGCUCUUGCUAACAUCACUUCUGAGCUCCUCUGGCUCCGUUGGCUCCUACAUAAUAUGGGUGUUUCUCAGACCUCCAGUUCUCUUAUCUUUUGUGACAAUCGAAGUGCGAUUCAAAUUGCGCAUAAUGAUGUAUUUCAUGAACGUACAAAACACAUUAAGAUCGACUGUCAUUCUGUGCGCCAUCAUCUUUUGCAGGGGACUCUCCAUCUUUGUCUUAUUGCUUCCGUUGAUCAAUUGGCCGAUGUGUUCACCAAAGCACAUCCACCUGGAUGA